AUCUUUCAGAAUGAUGGAUCCUGGAAUACUUUGCUUUCAACACUGUGGUCCAAAAAUAUUUUGUUUUUCGUUGCCUGAAAAAUGCCCAAUGUGUGAAGGAGAUUUGGAAGGAACUAAUUUUUCACUCUUGCCUUUCAGAAUACCCUAUCCUUUCAUUCAAGCAUCUCAAUAUCCAUGUUCUGUUGUCAUCAAACCCACUGUAGGCGAUUUUCUCAAUGACUAUUUCAACUCCAAGGAUCUUCAUGUUGGAGUAACCACGUCUAGAGGAGAUAUUGUUGAAUUUGACAAGAACGGUCUCAGAUCUCACCAAAGCAUUGAGUGGGGGCAAUGUUUGCUAUUGGAUCAGGCUCCAAGAUCGUGGAGCAAUCACUGGAAUACAAUUUUGAAGAAUGUCUGUGAUCAGAAAUGUUGGUGUCCUGAAUCGUACAGAGAAGACUCGCAUAAUUGUUAUAGUUUUGUUUUAACCUUCCUGAAAAAUUUAGGAUACGGUAGUUUGAGUAGUGCGGCGAACAGUAAAACUACCUUUUGUGAAAAAUUCAUCAUUCCUCGAACAAUAUCUGCAGGGAAAUAUAUUUCAUUGUACAGAAAAUUGAAAAAGACUGGAAUCUAUGUACAUAAAAGUAAGAAAUAACAGUGAAUAGGAAGUACACAAUUUUUCCAGAGAAAUUGAAUUUAAAUUAUUUAGACAUGAUUGUAUUAUUAGUGUAUUCAUGUCAAUAACAUAUGUGUUUGACGAAUAUUGAAUCUCCAAUUUUGUUUAAAUUAUAUCGAAUUCAUUGAGAUUUCAAUGACUGGAGAUCACAGUAAUUUUUACUUAAAAUAAUAGAUGAUUUAUCUUUGGUACAUUGUGGUACAUUAUGAAUAAAAUUUCUAGCUAUCGGUCCGAUACCUGGAAAAAAAUUACUCAAGGUUGAAGGUCAUAAAAACAAAUUUUUCGCGUUUUAUCAUAUAAUUAGUUCAUACAAAAUUUGUAGUUCAGAUGAUUAUCUACAUUUUUUUCUAAGAGCCACCAUUUCUGAGAUAUAAAGUUUUAAACAGUUGGUAGAAUUGUAAUCGUCAUUACAUGUUUCUCUUCUUCAUCCUCGGUGCAAGUUAAUCGCCUAAAUAGUGAUACAUCGUAUCAAACGAAUCCUAAACUGUUGGUAAUUCAACAUUGGGACACGACAGGCCUUGACAAUUUGAGCAGUGUGAAACUGGCUGCUAAAGUUAGCUGCCAAAAUUUACGAAUACUUCCGAACGUUCAGUAGCGUACGGAGUAAAGGUUAUAAUUGAUACAUUCAUGUCAUGAAUAAACUUGGAGAAACUUCACAUAUACAGCAGAGUGUGAAAUUUCACUCUCCUAAAUGAUAUCAAAUGAUAUUCAUUUUGUAAACUAGAGAUUGAAUAUAUGUAGACUCGUCCAAAUAAACACUUGGAAGGA